GGUGAAAAUGCGAGUGACCUCCCCUUAAUAAACGUAAACAACUAGGAAGGGAGACGGUUAAAAACUUUGGAACACUUUCACAGAUAAAUGUGAAAUGAAGUCAGUGUGAGAACGUAGCUGUGCGGGGCUGAAGUAUUGACAUGUGCAUGGACAGAGCAGCAAAUGCCCACACGUUCAUGUGACAAGUUAUCCCAACAAAUGGCUGUGUAAGGUGAAUGCAACACCACGGAAGUCUGACGAGGCAACGACAUAACAUGUCCUCGCGCAGAGACCGACUAAUUCGUGAUCAGGAUUCCAAGUCUUUCAACAGCGUGAUGGCGAGGGAGAGAAACGGAAGCAAACAGCGUCUUGUUCCAGAGUGUCGGGACUCCGCAUCAGAUGGUGACUCAGACGAUGAAGGGUCGUGGGGCUCCAUGGAUGAAGAUUAUAUUUACACUCUCAACAAGAAACCCAAAUCCAAGAGUUCCGGAGACUGCAAACUCAAGGCCAUUGCCAUCACAUCGUUCCUCAUCAUCGUCGCCCUGGUCAUCUUUAUAGCAUGGCAACACUUCUCCACAAAGAAAUUGGAGGUCUGCACAACACCAGAGUGUGUGUCCACCAGUGCCUACAUCACCUCCUUGAUGAAACACAACACAAGACCCCUGUGAGAACUUCUAUGAAUAUGCAUGUGGGGAUGGGAGCACAACACACUUAUCCCCCUGACAAAGCCAAAUAUGGCUCCUUCCAAGAAGUGGAGACUAAAAACAAGGCCCUUUGAAAAAGAUCCUCGACUCCAAGGAAACCAUGUACAAAGGGAAGAAUUCAACAUCUGUCGCCAAAGCCAAGACCUAUUACAAGAGCUGCAUGGACAAGCAGGCAGUGGAGAGUCUGGGCAUUGUUCCAGCUCUUGAGUUGAUCAAGCAGUUGGGGUCAUGGACAGUGACCUCUGACCCUGUUUCGGGGACAUGGCAGGAGUCCAGCUGGAAUUUCCUGGACUCUCUGUUGGUCAUACACAAGCUCAACCUUCCAGCGUUCUUCCACUUGACCGUCGGUCAGGAUGACAUGCACAGUGAUCAGAACAUCAUCACAUUCCAGCAGAGCGGGCUGACUCUGGGUGAGAGGGAGGAAUACACCGGCAACCACACAGAGAAGUACAAGACAGCUUUCCUUGGCUUCUCGACACGGAUGGGAGAGCUUUUAGGGGGAGAUAACUCUACUCGGGACAAAAUGACAAAAGUCUAUGACCUUGAGAAAAGUCUGGCAGAGAUCUUCAUGCCGAAGGAGGAGCUUGUAGAUCCCGUGGCUAUUUACCACAAGAUGACUCUAGAGGAGUUCCAGACCAUUAUAGGCAGCCAGUUUACAGUCAAGACACACGUUGAUAAGCUGUUUAAGGCGAACAUUCCUUUGUCGGAGGAGAUUGUGGUGUACACUGUGGACUACUUUAAAAGCUUGGCGGCGUCAUCAAAACACCCAAGGGUGAAGUGCUGGCCAACUAUAUGAUGUGGCAGGUCCUCAGCAUGCUUCAGGAUACCUGCCCGACAAGUUAGGUGGAUGCCUCGCGCUCAUCCUGGCGAAAGGCGAGACCGGGGUGUCUGGCGAUCAGCCAGCGGUGGCAGCUGUGUCUUCAAGACCAGUGAUGCCCGUGCCGUUAAUGGCGAGAACCCUCGUGCAGGAGAAGUUCCGCCAGACAGCAAACAGGGAGUCCUGAACACUAUCGACAACAUUGAAACUGCAUUCACGAGAAACUUGAACACAGUCGCCUGGAUGGACGACCAGACUCGGGACGUUGCCAUUGAGAAGGUCAUUACCGUCUCAGACAUGAUUGGAUACCCUGACUACAUCCUUGACCCCGUUAAACUGGACACGCAUUAUGAGAAUAUGACAAUCACCGAGGGGCAGUUCCUGGUCAACCGCAUAUCUGUCAUGUCCUUCCAGAAACAGUACAACUUGAACAAGAGAGG